AAGGAUACAGCCUGCGCGCGACCGACAACGUGGCUGGGAAUUCGUGGCGCGUCCCAGCCUCUUUCCCCGGCCUGGCCUCUGGGCCACGAGCCCUUGGUUGGUUCGCUGCUUGCUCCCCACCCCGCGAGGCUGGACUCUUCCCUCCUGCAUUCGCCUCGCGCGUGCAGAGGCCUUUAGCUGGUGUUUAUUGUGUCCCUGAGUAUCUAUCAUCAAGGGAGGCGGGAUCGAAAGAGGGUAGCUCGGAACGCUGCGAGAGGAGGUCCUUCCUUGCAUCUGUGCCCGCGCUCUGACUCUUCGGGAGGCAUCCUCUGAAUAGGCCCGCUGGGGAGUGACGCAGCGGGCUCCUUGUUGAACCUCCUGUGAAGGCGCCAGUCGUGGCUCCCCGGAUCAUGCAGUAUGGAAAAUUCUGCAUUUAAAGACUUCAGUGAGAACACAUUACAUAGUUAUAUUAGACCAUGUUGUGAAUUGGCUCGUGCCAGAUUUGUAAAGUGUUCUUCAAAGAAAUAUAAACCAGGUGAUAUCUGUAAAAUAUGGUGCAGUAAACCUCUCUGUGACCUGCACAAGUAUUGUGAUGUGAUUAAAAUAUGCACUUUUAGGCCACUUUUAUUUGUUCCUGGAAUUAAGCACACAAAUAAAUAUUAUCCCAGUGAUUGUAAGUUUGGUGAGCUAAGUUGGGAGAAUCUGAAUCAAAUCGAGACUUUAGAAGAAAUUACUGAUAUAGCCAAAAAGUUUGCGAAUGAUCAAUUUUUCAUGAAUGGCUUAUUGAAAAUUGGAACUGAAAUAAAUAAUGUAAGUUUGUUUAUAACUCUCUGUUUUAAUACUGGAAGGCUUUUUGAUUUUACAGGAUUCCAUGCCUCUUUAUUCUUUUGUUUUUGGAAUGUGCAUUAUUUAGAGCAGUGGUUCCCAAUUUUUUCUAUGCCCUAAACCCCUGGAAAAUGCUUGAUUUAUAUUUUCAUCUCCUACAAUAGUACUAUCACAUUUGAAGAUGAAGUCAGAUUUCUAAUUUUUGAGCCACAUACAGUACCACCAGUGAACGACUGAACAAACGAACUUUUAACUUGGUGCAUAAAAUUCAAUAUAAAUUAAGCAACUAGAAAAAAAUGGUAAGCAUUAAAAUCAAUCCCAGUUAUGAACAUAACAUUCAAUGAUUUCUUUGUUCCUGCUUCUCAUUCAUGAUUUUGUCAAAAUGUGAAAUGUUCUUGCUGCUUGUGCUCUGCAUGUCUGCCUGUGGAUUCAGGCAAUUCCUAGAUUUUGUCUUGAUUCACAAAAGAGGAUUAAAUCUAAAUGCAAACAAAGUAAUAAUAAAUAUUUUUUUAAUUAGGAGAAUUUUUAGUGAAGAAGUUGCCAUUUGCCAAUUUUGACAAAUCACUUUGCUGCACCCACUGACAUGUCAUUUUGCAAGCACCCCAGGUUACAACUGCAACUUUUUUUGUUACAUCCAAUAUAUAGAUCAUGAGUCUACUGAAAGCCAGCAAAAGGAAGUACUGCUUCACACAGUGCACAGUUAAACAAUGGAAUUUACUUCCGCAAGAUGCAGUGAUCGCCAUCACCUUGGUUAGCUUUAAAAAUUCAUGGCGGAAAAGGCUAUAACUAAUAGUCCUAGUGGCUAUAUGCUCCCUCCUAGAUGAGAAAGCACUAUGGUUAGGUACACCAGUAGUUCAAGAAGAUGGGCAGGUGUGCGCUGUCACACUCUUGUCCUGCUUGUGGAUUUCCCCAGGUAGUUGGCUGGUCACUGUGUGAACAGAAUGCUGGACUAAAUGGACCCCUGUUCUUAUCCAUCAUAGCUCUGAGGUUCAUAUUUCUGGCUCCCUGCCAAACCCGAGCAGUGCUAUAAUCAAGCACUGAUUGAAUCAAGAUCCCCAUUCUUAAUUUGUUUUAGGCCUCACUUGUUCUGUCAUACCAGUUAAAUGAUCCUUCACUUGCUGCCCUGCUUGGCACAUCCACUGGCUUCACGCAUCCUGCCUCUGCCUUUCGUUGUUGAACAGUAUAACUACCACUAUCACCAUCCUUUUUCUUCUUCCCAACCUAGCAAAUUACCUGCUUGUAGAUUGGCCUCUAAAGUGGAGGCAAAAGGAAUGGAUGAUUGUAAUGGUAAUCUUUAUUUCAGUCUCUGCGUAUGCAGGGAGGAAGCUCUCAAGCUAUAAGAAGAGCCCUGCUAGAUCAGACCAAAGGCCUGACUCAUGCAGCAUCUUGUUUUCCAAUAGAUGCUGGAGCCAGAGCAGCCCAAGUGGAGAGCUUUUGGCAGAACCAAGCUUGCUGGGGAGGUAGAAAUGGAAAAUUGGUUUGGGUUGUGUAAGCAAGCUGAUCAUCAUGAAGAGAAAAUGAAAGAAAGCUGCAUUACUUGAACCAACAUUCAUCUGAACAACAACUGUUGUCUUUGGCCUCCUUCAGAAGAGUAUGGCUGUAGUUGUCUGUUGUUACCUCACUAGGAAUAUGCCCUGGCUUCUUUUGGCUAGAAUUGGAGAAACUGGUGACCCUCUAGGUUUUGUUUGUUUCCAACCCUCAUCAGCCUAAGAUGAUGGGAUGAUGGUUAGGGAUGAUGGUAAUUGUAGUGCAACAUGUGGAGGACUACCCCUGCCUCAGGCUUCCGACUCCUGACUAAUUUCUGUAUCUUACUAUUAUUACUACUAAUUUCACUGCUGCUUAUUUACUGUCCCUUCAUCCAAGGGAUAUAGAAAGUAUAUAUAAUCUCCCCUUUUUUUUUCUCCCAUGCUUUGGAUGGUUCUGUUUGUUUUCUGAUAGUCCCUUAAGAAUUUUUUAGAAAAAAUAUUUUACGUACAGGCAAAUAAGUUAGGGUAGAGAAAUAAAAUUCAGCUCAAGCUUUCCGGCUGGCAUUAGAGUAUAGUACUAGGAAGCAGUUCAUCAGGUCCUAGUAAAUGAAAAGAUACUUAAGUUAUACCAAAGAUUGUCAGUACUUGGAACUGAAAGGCACCCAGGUUCAGGUGCCAUUGCUUGCAAUACUCAGUUGAGUAUAUCUCUGAACUC